GCGUAAUCGCGCAUCUUCGUUGCGUGAGAUGCAGAUUACGUCCGUGAUCGUUUAUGACGCUGAGUUUAAAUAGAGGAGCGACUGCGGAUCGUGUGCUGUUCACUGCGGUAUUUGGUCGUGGGAAGAAGCAAAAAUGGCAAACCUGAAGGAAAAGCUAAUUGGCCAGUUGGCAUCCUCCGAGGAGCAGCGCUCCUACAACAAGAUUACGAUUGUUGGUGUGGGCGCAGUAGGAAUGGCAUGUGCCAUCAGUGUCUUAAUGAAGGAUCUGGCAGAUGAGUUGGCUCUGGUGGAUGUAAUGGAGGAUAAGUUGAAGGGGGAGAUGAUGGACUUGCAACAUGGGAGCCUGUUCCUCCACACUUCCAAAAUUGUGUCCGGCAAAGAUUAUUCUGUUAGUGCCGGUUCCAAGUUGGUUGUGGUCACAGCUGGUGCUCGGCAGCAGGAGGGAGAGAGCCGCCUGAACCUGGUUCAACGCAACGUAAAUAUCUUCAAGCAUAUUAUUCCGGAUAUUGUCAAGCAUAGUCCAAAUUGUGUCUUGCUUAUUGUGUCCAACCCAGUUGACAUCCUGACCUAUGUGGCGUGGAAGCUGAGUGGUUUUCCUAUGCACCGUGUUAUUGGAAGUGGCUGCAACUUGGACUCUGCACGCUUUAGAUACCUAAUGGGGGAGAGACUAGGAAUCCACAGCUCCAGCUGUCAUGGCUGGGUGAUUGGCGAGCACGGAGACUCCAGUGUGCCUGUGUGGAGUGGCAUGAAUGUUGCAGGUGUGAACCUGCAGGAACUUCACCCUGAUAUAGGAACUGACCAGGACAAGGAAAACUGGAAGAAGGUCCACAAGGAUGUGGUUGACAGUGCUUAUGAGGUGAUAAAAUUGAAAGGAUACACAUCCUGGGCAAUUGGAAUGUCUGUGGCAGAUCUGGCAGAAACUAUAAUGAAAAACCUGCGUAGGGUUCAUCCAGUAUCUACAAUGGUUAAGAAUUUCUAUGGUAUCACCAAUGACGUUUUCCUGAGUCUUCCUAGUGUUUUGGAUAAUCAUGGAAUUUCUAACAUUGUAAAGAUGACACUGAAGCCCAACGAACAAGCGAAGCUGCAGCAGAGUGCUACCACCUUGUGGGACAUUCAGAAGGAGCUGAAGUUCUGAGCCUCUGCUCUGUCUUCCUAUGAAUCUAGUCUAUGAGGGAUUGCUUUGAGUAAAUUGUGACUUAUUUUUCUAUCUCUGGUCAGAAUAAUAUUGCCAUGUUUGAUCAUGUUGUCCUACUUAUCCCAGUACCUCACUAUUGCCAGUUAAGUAUUUAUGUAGAGUAGGCAGCUUAGUAUGAUAUGAAUAAAGCAAUUGUCACUUUAAAACAA